AUGAAAUGUAGAAGAUCAACAGACAAGAAAAUAGCAGCACUUGCAGUAAUUUCCAGUAUUACAAUAUUAUAUGUCUUUCCAGUUUCAUCUAUUGCAAGUGCUUUAGUAAUAUUACACAUGACUAUAUUGAUUGCAAUCAGUGAAGAUCAUAAGUACCAUCUUAUCACAUAUCCAUCAAAACCUAUUAUCUUAGAAGUAGCAUUAGAACUACUUUCAGAUAAUAGUAUUGAAUUUGAAAUAUUAAGUGAAUUAGGUAAUGUUUUUCAAUCUAAUGACAUUUUUGAUGCUAGUAGUCAAGGAAAAUUGGUUGUAAAAUUGCUAUUUUUGAGUACUUGA